CAAAUCACCACAAACAGAAACUGAGGUCAUCAUCAAAUGAACAAUUCAAGCUCUUUGCUUUUUAUUGAGUCUUCUAUGCACAAACUUACAGAAAGAAAGGAAGAUUGAAACCCUUUUUCAUGCAUCUCCAGAUUAUUAUUUGACACCCAUUUUCUUCUUUGUUUCUUUCAUCUUCUUGAUCUGUAAUUUGCUCUGUUUUUAGGGUUUUCAAGAUUUCUUGAAUCUUGAUUUCAGCUAGGGUUUGUAGCGUUUUGGGUAUGUUCUCUUUGGAAUUCAUCGUUUCUGUUAUGUAUUACCCAAAUCAGACAGCUGAAUUGACCAUUCUGUUAGGUGGGUUUUGUCUAUUCUUUUUUCUUGUUUUUUCCCUAUAUUUUGAGAUUUCAACUUUGUCCACCUCGUCCUCCAUCUUUGACGUCAAUAUUGUAAAGCUUUGAUCUUCUUUCUUCAUCAUCUGGGAGUUAUUUUUUAUUGCCCAUUUGAGGAUUUUGAUCUUUAAAAGCAAAAGAUUUGAAUUUGGGUAUGUUUAUAAAGUCAAUUGCCUUUUGGGUUUUGGAAUUAGGAUUCUAAACUCCAUCAAAAAAGAUUUGGGGAUUUGGGUUUAAUGUGAAUAAAAGUCAAACCUUUUGUUCUUGGUGUUAGGUUUGCUUUCUGGGUGCUUUUUGAUGCAUAUUUCACUAUGGAAGCCAUUAUCUCACUGUGCUGCUUUGUUCAUGGACAAGAAAAGCAAAGAUAGAAAUGGGUCAUCAGAUGAAAUCAUUAGAAACCCAUCAGUUGUUAGGAAAUUUCAAGAAAACAAGCUUAGAGAAGCUCUUGAGGAAGCUUCUGAAGAUGGGUCUCUGGUUAAAUAUCAAGAUUUCGAUUCCGAAUCCGUGGAAACCAAUCAAACCGUGGCGAAAUCGCGGUCUCUAGCACGACUCGAAGCUCAGAAACAGUUCUUGAAAGCAACUGCUCUUGCUGCUGAUCGAACAUUUGAAUCCGAAGACUCGAUUCCUGAUCUCCAGCAGUCAUUCUCCAAGUUCUUGAUCAUGUAUCCCAAAUACCAAUUAACAGAACAGAUUGAUCAUCUGAGAUCAGAUGAAUACUCUCAUCUUUCUGAUCAUGUUCCAAAGGUAUGCCUUGAUUAUUGUGGAUUUGGUUUGUUUUCAUUUCUUCAGACAGUUCAUUAUUGGGAAUCAUCUACCUUUAAUUUGUCCGAAAUCACUGCGAAUUUGAGUAAUCAUGCUCUUUACGGUGGUUCCAUAGAAGGCACCAUGGAACACGAUAUAAAGAUUCGAAUCAUGGAUUAUCUAAACGUCCCCGAGAGCGAAUACGGGCUCGUUUUCACCGUUAGUCGAGGCUCCGCUUUCAAACUUCUGGCUGAAUCGUACCCAUUUCAGUCGAACAAGAAACUGUUGACGAUGAACGAUCACGAGAGCCAAUCUGUUAACUGGAUGGCUCAGAAAGCGAAAUCGAAAGGGGCAAAAGUUCAGAGUGCUUGGUAUAAAUGGCCAUCACUUCAGCUCUGUUCUGCUGAUUUAAGAAAGCAAAUUUCAAACAAAAAGCGAAAGAAGAAGAAAUCAGGUGCCGGUUUGUUUGUUUUUCCGGUCCAAUCGCGAGUCACCGGAGCGAAGUAUUCAUAUCAAUGGAUGUCGUUAGCUCAGCAAAACAAUUGGCACGUUUUGCUGGAUGCAGGAUCUUUAGGUCCAAAAGACAUGGAUUCUCUUGGAUUAUCUCUGUUUCGACCGGAUUUUAUCAUCACGUCGUUUUACAGAGUAUUUGGGUAUGAUCCGACUGGAUUCGGGUGCCUAUUAAUCAAGAAAUCCGUGAUCGGAAGUCUUCAGAACCAGCCGGGACAUGCCGGAUCCGGGAUAGUGAAGAUCAGUCCGGUUUUUCCGUUAUAUCUGAGUGAUUCCGGUGAUGGAAUGCCGGAAUUGGCUACGAUAGAAGACAAUGAGCAUGGUGAAAAUGGUGAAGGACCAUCUGGAAACCACGGUGGUCCACGGUUGCCCGCGUUUUCUGGCGUGUACACUUCCGAUCAAGUGAGAGAAGUCUUUGAUACAGAAAUGGACCAUGAUACCAGCUCUGAUAGAGAUGGGGAGAGCACCAUUUUUGAAGAAAGUGGGAGCUUUUCAAUUCCAGAUGUAAUGAAGAGUCCAGUUUUCAGUGAAGAUGAAUCGUCUGACAACUCGUUAUGGAUCGAUUUGGGUUCGAGUCCAUUGGGGUCCAAUAACCACCGGGGUUCGACCUCACCCUUACCGCCGGUUUGGUUUUCCGGCAAGAACAGAAGAAAGCAACUUUCUUCUCCGAAAACAACCUCAAAGAUCACCAACAGUCCCGUAGUUGAUAAAGAAACAAACCAUGGAAUGUUGUCAUUUGAUGCAGCUGUGAUGUCGGUUUCUCACGAACUCGAUAGUGUUACAGAAAUCCAUGAAGAACCCUUCAUGGAAACGAACCAUCUUCAUGGAAUUGAAGAAGAAACAAAAACUAAAACCACCCAAAGAAGCUCAAAAGUUCCAUUGGAGUCGAAGGAAAGUGCCAUUCGAAGAGAAACUGAAGGCGAUUUCAGAUUAUUAGGAAGAAGAGAAGGAAAUAGAUUUUCCGGUGGUCGAAUCUUUAGUACGAAUGAGAUCGAAGAACACAACGAAUAUCCUGAAAGAAGGGUUUCAUUCAUCAACGAAGAUCACAGUAAACAGUUAGAUUUCUUGGCAACAAAUAUGGAAGAUGAUGAUUUUCUGAGCGAUAAUCAAGAAUCGAGCAGACGAGAACCGGAAAUAUCGUGUCGUCAUCUUCGCCAUGUGAACUUAUUAGGUCUCAAUAAAACCACUCUUCGAUUACGGUUUCUGGUCAAUUGGCUCGUGACCUCACUGCUACAGCUUAGAAUUCCCAGCUCAAACGGGCGAGAAAACACGCGGCUCGUUCAUAUUUACGGCCCCAAAAUAAAAUUCGAAAGGGGUGCUUCAGUGGCAUUCAAUCUAAGAGACGAAAACAAGGGUUUAGUCGAUCCAGAAGUCGUUCAGAAUUUAGCAGACGCAAAUGGGAUCUCUCUUGGUAUCGGCAUUCUAAGCCACAUACGAAUCUUGGAUGGUUCAAGACCGAAUCUUGAAGAUAGUACAGUUUACAGGCGAACGGAGAGCGGAGGGCGAAAUGGGAAAAACGGGUAUAUUCGAGUCGUGGUGGUGACAGCUUCUUUGGGUUUCUUGACCAAUUUUUCAGAUGUGUAUAAGCUAUGGGCAUUUGUUGCAAAGUUCAUGAAUCCAGGUUUCGUGAAGGGUGGAGUUACAACAGAUGAAUAAUGAAGAGUUGUAUGUUUUGGUAUGUAAUUUGUAUGUAGAGUUGUAGGGAUGAUGAGAUGCAUGAUUUUUUGUUGUUAGAUACAGAUUGUUAUAUGCAUAGUUGACUGUAUAAAACUUCAGGUUCUUCAUCAUAAUGAAACUGCAUUUUGACAA